AUGAGUCUACAACUUCCUUCGCGGCGGGCUGCAAGAUCCGCCGCCGUGCUGGUGUCAUCCCCUCGAGCACCCAGCGACGUUCUCACAUCCACGACGCAACGACGCUCUGUAUCUAUUUGGGAUAUCCGAUCCUGGACGCCUUUCCGAAAGGAUGCAACCAACAAGAAUAAGAACCUAAACCCGCUGACCGAGGAGUACCUACGGAAGAAGCCCACGGCUGCUAGGGGCCCCCCCAAACGAGGAGAUCUCUCCCCGUCAUCCAUCUUCGAGGAUGAGAAGAUUGCCGGACCCAAGCCGGAUGCUGCAGCGACCAAGGGCGGACAGGAAAAUAUCCCACGGGAUCGUGAGACUAUGGCUGCGUCAUUAGACCCCGAUCCCAAGAGUAGACUACGAUGGGAGCGCAAGAUGGUGAUUCGGGACAUAACCAGAAGGGGGCGGAUGACCAAGACAGAACAGCUGAAGAAGGAGGAGAGAGUGUUGCAGGCGAAGAGCCACGAUUUCAAGACCUCGGUCAAGAAGCUUCUUCCUCUCGCCAAGCAAAUUACGGGCAAGACCGUCGAGGACGCGAUUGUGCAGAUGCGAUUCUCGAAGAAAAAAGCUGCUAAGGAUGUCAAAGAGCAUCUGGAGUAUGCCAGGAACCAGGCUAUUGUCAAGAGAGGGAUGGGGCUGGGGCUAGGUGUUGAUGAGAAGUUCCAACCCAGGAUUAUCAUGACUAAGGAUGGCAAAAGAGUCAAGGUGACAAAUCCUACCACGCUUUGGGUAGAGCAGGCCUGGUGCGGAAGAGGGCCGUUUGGAACUACUCCGGACUAUAGGGCGAGAGGUCAAAUCAACAUGAUGAGGAACCCCACGACUGGUUUGACUCUUGUGUUGAAGGAGGAGAAGACGCGAAUCCGUCUCCAUGAAGAGCGCGAGGCGAAAGAGGCAAGGCGCAAGGUCUGGGUACAAUUGCCAAACAGACCGAUCACUGCGCAGCGACAAUACUACUCGUGGUGA